ACACGCACACCCCUCUCAACCUCAUCUGGGUUCUCAGAGCUUCAAAUCUGUUYCCUCUACAAACACACACACAGACACACAAACUCAGAGGUAUGAUUCGGUCCGAGGAGCACAGCUGAGCAGAAUUCUUUCAGAGCAGGAGAGCGUUUGUCAAGACAUGGACUUUAAYCAGGAAACCCACUGAAAAUCACAAACUUUCUGGGUUGGACACUUAAUAACUUCAGCUGAUCUUGGAUGUCUGAAAGAAGCUGAAGUCAAGUUUUCUGACAUAAGGGAACAUCUAGUUUCAUUAUGGCUAUCUUGAAUGACCUCUCCUUUUUCAACGCCACCCCCUCCUUUUAUCCAACUGCAGAGGUCUAUGUGAACGGUUCCUCAGCCCCUCCUUCAGCCCCCUGCACAGACUGGUCUCCUGUACCUUUUACAACAGUGAUCCCCACCGUCUAUAGCAUCAUCUGCCUGGUGGGGACCUUAGCCAACGCCUUGGCGGUGUUUGUAUUAGCCUGUGGCAGUAACUUGCGGAGAACGGUGGCUGACAUAUUCAUGCUGAACCUGUGUGUCUCUGACCUGCUGUUCCUGCUCUCUCUCCCGCUGUGGGCGGUCUACUACUCCCAAAGCUACAACUGGCCCUUUGGCAGGGCAGCCUGCAAGAUCUGCGGAGCUCUCCUGAACCUCAACAUUUACGCGUCUAUUUUCUUUAUCACUAGCAUGAGCGUGGACCGUUACUUGGCCAUCGUGCAUCCUCUCCGCUCUCUGAGUGCACGGAAUCCCAAUAUCGCCUGCCUGACGUGCGUCCUGGUAUGGUUUCUGGCAUGCGCCUGCACAGCUCCUACUUUGGCUCUGAGGGACACGAUACAUAUUAAGGAGCUUGACGUGAAGGCCUGUGGGAUUUUCUACCCUGAUGAUACCUGGUUUCUGGGCCUGCUGUUGCUGAAGAUCAUUUUAGGAUUUCUGCUUCCUCUGUUUGCCAUUUCUUGUUGCUACUGUGCGAUUGGGAGACAUUUGUUGGCUUGCAGAGAUUUGAUGACAACGCAGAUGCCGMUACACCCUCCAAACAAGUCGACCAAGGAAAGCCAUUGGAAAACAGAGAGACCCCCUACUCCCAGUGUUUGUCCCAGCUCCAGUGAGGACAGAACUCCACCGGGUGGUAGGAUAGAGAGGGUUUUGAUGACAGUAGCGGCAGUGGUUUUGGCAUUUUUCAUCUGCUGGUUCCCGUUUCAUUGCGUGACUUUCUUAAGCAUUUUGAAAAACAAGGGGUGGCUGGAUGGAUGCUCAAUAACAUGGACCAUAAACAACCUCACCCCUCUCACACUUUGUCUGGGCUUCUCCAACUCUGCCAUAAACCCUGUGCUCUACUGCUUCAUUGGAAACCAUUUCCGGCACCGUCUUGGGGACCUCUGUAAGGGCCUGUGCGCUUGUUUGAAGGCCCGCAGGGAGGAGCACCACCAGAAGAGAGGCUCCUUCAGCACCAGGCUGAGCUCCUUCUCUCGAAAACUCAGUGACCUCAAGGACCUGGCAAUCGUGGAGAUCUCUGAUCAUCCAUAGCGGCCCUGCUUCAGUAUUCUCCAGGAAAUAGACUCUUCUUGCCACUGGCUUAACACUCUGGCUUAACAGAAUUAAUGGUAAAUGACUGCUGUGAAUACCAUCCGCUCCAGAUGCCAAUGAAGUUAAUCAAGCCCUGGUCUUAUCUAAUACAUGCAAGGUUUAUAUGAGAUACUGUAUCACAAAAAUGUAAUCAAAAGAAAGAGUUGUUAAAGGAUUAAUAUAUAGUACAUGGCAUACCAGAAGUAUUUUACUGAAUUUCACACAACAAAAGAAUAAAAGGAYGCUACAUUUUCAAAGCUUAAAACAAAUUAGGUAGUUACCAGCACUAUGUUGCUAAUAGCUUAGUCUAAGGAUGUAAAAAUAUAAAGAAAGACAGAAAAAAACUCCCACAUUUUCUAUGUGACAUGGCAUUUAAAAAUAUUGAGAAUUUUGCUUUAAUAAAUGCUAAAUGUGUACAUUUUAAUGCUGUUUGUCAAUAAACUUUUGGUGUAGCGCAAGCUUUUAUGCUAGGCUAAGCUGACAAGUCACUGUUUUUGUUUCUCCUUCGUUGUCUGAUUGCUGAAACCAACAAGUUUUGUGUAAAUAUGAAAACUAAUUUACAUGUAUAAUAUACAGCCUAUAUUAAAAACUAAUAAAGUGUUAAGUGAUAAACUUAGAUUUCUAUUCAAAUACCUUGUUCUCUUCUCUGGUUCUGAAAAAGUUUCACCCUGUGUUUGAAUAAAAGUUUCUGUUUGAUAAAGAUAAUUAUAAGGAAAAGAUAAAAUAAAAAAAAAUCCUCACAUGUGAAGCUGUUUGUGUAACCACCUCAAACCACUUUAUUGUGUUACUUUCAAAUACAUUUCAUUAGGGAAAUAAAGUGAAUAUUUCUCAAA